AUGAUCAAAAUAUCCAAGGACUAUUCCAAAGUGCCCCGUUGGUUAAAUGUUUCUCGAUCCCUGGUACCGGACUUUGUCGUUGUUGAUCCCAAGGUCUGGGAAAUUACCGGCACAGAGUUCACACGAGCCGGUGAUCACACCGCUGGGGCCGACAACGCCGGUGCUAAGGGCAUUUCCAUUCGUUUUCCUCGAGUCACUAAACUUCGCCCCGACAAAACCUGGAAAGAGGCCACCGAUGUGCCGCGUUUGGAAGCCUUGAUGCAGACCUCCACCUCGCUGUCUGAUUGGGUUGAUAAGCUCAACGCUCUCUCUUCACCGAACAGCAACAAACGUCCUGCCCCCUCCUCGUCCUCUGACUCUCCCGGCCCUUCUCCUUGCAAGGCAGGAUCUCAACCAAACUCCAAUCACUGUCGACUGGAUCAACAACUCGAUAUGUCAGUCAAAGCUGCUGCCCCUGCCUGCGGUUUCAUGAAAUUUGAUGCUCUUUUUCUGGGCUGUGGAUUGACUUUUACUCUAUGA